AUGGCCUCCCGAAGUGACACGGUCUUCCCCCUCAUCCCCGCGCCCAUGGCGUUGGCAGUAGACACCAUCUCCUCGGCCGCUGCCAGCGCACGGCGAUCCCCCGUCCCAUCUAAGAGCGCCAGAUCACCGGCUGACAGGAGAGCUGCAUCACCGACGAAGACGACAGCCUCACCUACAGCCACCGCAUCAGCAUCACCGAUGCCGGCAGCCGCAACGUCGACGACAACCAGGGCCAAGAACCCGCGGCAUCCCGUCUUCAACGAGGACAUCUUCUCCAAGUUCUACACCACCCCGUUCAUGGUCUUCCACUUCGCGCUCUACGGCGCGGUCCCCUUCUACUACCUGCUCCACUACUCGCCGUUCCGGGACUUUGGCUCCGGCGCCGCCAACGAGGCGGUCAAGUGGUUCCUCUUCAUCCUCACGCAGUACAUCACCGCCGUCAUCGUCACCUCAUGGGGCGGGCGGUACCGCGUGCACAAGGACGUGGCCGCCUGCGCGUUGAUGCUGGCCGGCCUGACUGGGGGCACACUAUUGAAGGCCUUGUUUGAUGGGAUGGCUGGUCCGAGGGGAUGGCGAUGA